AGCAUUCCAAAAUGUAUUUGAGAUAGCUAGAUAUAAACAGCGAUGUUGGUUGAUACAUCUAUACCUAUAAUUGAGGAGAGUAAUGAAGAACAAGAUAUGUCUCCAGCUUUAGCGAGCACCAGGGGAUCUUUUGAGACUUUCAGGGGAGAUAAUGAGGACAAAAAGACGCGUAGCCUCCGCAUGACGCUUGAUUGGCUCGCGCCUAACAAUACGAGGAAGCUAAAACAGACGGAAGCAGAAUUAAGUAAUCAUCGACGUAUGACAUCCUCUGGAUCAACUUAUAGCUCAAGUGCAACAGACUUUACUAUGCCUUGUGAUAACAGUGAAGUAGCUUCAAUAUCUUCAGCGAGUCUUUUCACAAGUGAUACAUCGUAUAGUCGAGCAUAUACGCCACCAAAUGUCUUUGAAAACUCUUACAGAUCUAAAAUGCAGCAGACUCCACCUCCUGUUCCAACUAACUCACGUCCUCCUGCUACGCCAACUUUAUAUACUAAAGAAGGGUUGCCAAUUGAUCUUGCACAGCUCAUGCAGCUAUUGGGUACUCAAAAUCAGCACUAUCAACAGUUUCAACCUCAACCGCAAUAUCAACAGACCCAACAAUUCGGGCAUCCACAGGUAGCAUACCAACACGCCCCUUCACCUCAAUACGCAUAUACAGAUGUAAGACCACUCCACAAACCUGUAUCAACACCUCUGUUUAGAGAACGAAACU